UGGACUCCAUUUAUAGUAAAUGGUCAUAUAGAUCAGAGUACAUCCAAAAACAAUGAAGACCAUUUCAAACAAAUUAGAAAUAAUGAGAGCAUUGGCUAAUUUUAGGGUCUUAUAGUCAUUUUCACUCAAAUUGUAUUCAGUUGAACAAGGAUUAUGAUCAUUUAGUUCAUUGAUAUAUAUUUGGUGAUCAUUUGAACCUGUAUUUGUUUUAGUUUGACAAUCUAGGACGAUAGAUGUAACUUUGUUGAUUUAUUUCAUUUCGAAUUGCUUCUA